AAAAAACCCAACUGCUCCAGCCCCUCGUCCCAAAUCUCUCCAUGCCGGGCCUGGCGCUUCCCACUGCGGCCCUGCGGAGCAAGGGCGGCAGCACCUCCCCGGCGGCCGUGAGCCCAGCGAAGACGCUGCCGGGGACGCUGCUGCCCCUGACGGGUGCAGUUAGUCCGGGAUCCAACUGCUCCAGCCCCGAGAAACCGCUGAUCUCGCCGUCCAUCAACUUAAAGGCCUUGAUUCCGGACCAUGUGGACGAAGACAUCUUCGACCGCUACGACUUCGGCGAGGCAGGACCCUUGGGCGCCGGCGGCUACGGCAGCGUCUACUUGGCCAAGGAUCGCACGCACCGGGGGCGGAUGGUGGCUGUGAAGAAGGCCAUGAUGAUGGAUGGUGAUAUGAGAGAGAACUUCCAGCAAGAAGUUGGAAUCAUGAAGGAGUUGGACCAUCCCAAUAUUUGCACAGUCUAUGAGAGCUACGACCACGGACGUCAUGUCUAUUUGGUCAUGGAGUAUUGUGCAGGUGGUGACCUUUUCGAUUACAUCCUGAAGCACAACGGUCUGCCGGAGCCGGACGUCAUCGAGAUCUUGCGGCAGGUGACGUCAGCCCUGAAGCAUGCGCACGACAAGGGCAUCGCACAUCGGGACUUGAAGCCCGAGAACGUGUGCUUUGCGGAUGAUAGCAACGUGGACAUCCACGUAAAGGUCAUCGAUUGGGGCCUGGGAUUUUACUUCAAACGCGCGCACAUGAAGACCUGCGUCGGGACCAGUGCUUAUGCGGCGCCGGAAGUUCAACAACCAGUCAAGGGGACCUACACCAAUGCCUGCGAUCUCUGGAGUUUGGGUGCCAUGGCUUGUGUCAUGCUCACUGGUGAGCCGCCUUUCUUUGGGGCGAGACCCGACGAGGAGUCCGCAGGACCCACGGUCACCAGCGGCGCGGCCUGGGAGGCGAUCUCCGGCGAGGCGCGGAGCUGGGUGGCGAGUCUGCUGCGCUGGACGCCCGCGGAACGGCUCAGCGCGGAGGAGGUGCUGAAUCAUCCCUGGCUGACCAAGCACGCCGACACGUCGAAUCCCCGGUCCUCAAUGGCGUCCCAACAAGUCUUGGCCAACUUGCAUCGCUUCAGCAAUACCUCGACCUUCUUGUCCCUUUGCGCAGCGUCCGUGGCACAGCAAUUGAGUAGGAAAGGUCUGAAAGAACUGCAAACUGUAUUCCAAGAGUUGGACACCAAUGGUGAUGGCAUGCUUCAGUUGCAUGAGGUACAAAGUGGUUUUGAAAAGAUGUUUGGCGCUGGAAGCGCGCCCUUGGCGGAGAUUAAUGACAUGUUCCGUCGCCUGGAUAUUGAUGGAUCCGGAGCCAUCGACUAUACCGAGUUCCUGGCAGCUGGCCUGGGAAAUCGCGUGAACAACGAGGUUGAUGCUCUUUGGGCUGCCUUCAAGGCCUUUGACGUCCAGGAAUCCGAUGGCAACGUGACCCAGGCGGAGAUUGCGCAAGUGCUGUAUGAAGCAGGCGCCGGGCAAACGUGGUCGCGGGAGAAAUGUGAAGAGUUGGCUAAGGAGGUGGUGGAACAAUUUGACCGAGAUGGAAAUGGUUCGCUGGAUUUUGAUGAAUGGCUCUUGAUGAUGAAGAGGCAUGAAGACCCCGAGCAGUCCGCGGAGUGCCAUCGGCGAGUUUCCCUUUGAGGCACUUCUCGAAGAUCGGCCGAGAUUUUCUCGGUCGAUUUUGGUUCCACGCAGCUUAGAACCAAGACCCCUCUACAUUCCUUGGUGAUGUGAGGGGCCAACCGACUCCACAAUAGUGGUUGCUGGUUGCCAGUGCAUGGACCACGCCAAUGCGUCGUUGACAAGCAGCGAAGCAUUUGAGCGACGGUCAGACUCUGGGUGUUGGAAGUUUCAUUUUUCUCUUUGUGUGAGAGAAGUCUUGUUGCG